AUGCGUUUCCUUGCUCUCAUCUCACUCGUUGUCUUGAUCUGCUACAGUACUGCAUUGAGUUUAGUACCAGAUCUUCAACAAGCUCAUGCUGGCUUUUGUCCAAUGCACACCGUAAUGUGUGCUAUCUACUGUCCACCUACAGCUAUUUCAUUAUUUCCAAGACAAAUUGGUGGUUGUCGCGCAGAUAAUGAAUGUGCAGCUGAAGAAAAAUGUUGCAGACCAGCUUGUGGAUGUACCAACCGAUGUACUAAAUCCGUUGCUAAGCCAGGAUUUCAAAAAUUUCCUUAA